AUGGACCCCGCACUAAAGAACCUCAUUCUUGAACGCGGAAAGAUCAGGGCAACUUUGACGCGUUUCAAAAAUUAUGUCGAUUCGUACGAUAGAACAUCCAGUCCUGCUGCGCUUAGAGUACGAUUAGGUAAAACGACGCCUAUAUUUGAGAGCUUCGAUUCGGUGCAACAGAAAAUCGAAAGUACAGUAGAAGGCACCGAAGCUGAACGCACGCAUGAAACCAUACGCGAUGAAUUUGAACUUGACUAUUGCGAAACUGUUGGUCUUGCGGAAGACAUCAUUUCGCAAUGGCAAAAACCGGAGCUCCCACGGGUUGGACCUGCAACUGGGAUGGCUUCAAAUACGUCUCAGUCAAACUUUGAGAUUCAGUCUAAGGUUAAGCCACCCACCAUCGAGCUUCCAACCUUCGACGGGACAUAUAGUUUAUGGAUUAAAUUUAGGGAUACAUUCGAGUCAUUAAUUCAUACGAACAGUACACUGAACAACAUAGAGAAAUUUCACUAUUUGAACUCCGCAAUUAAGGGUGACGCGGCUAGGGUGAUUGAGACGUUGGGGAUAUCGGACAUGAAUUAUUUGUUUGCAUGGGACGCUUUAAAGAGCCGAUUUGAGAACAAAAAGGCAUUAAAGCACAAUCAAGUACGGACGCUUUGGGAUUUGCCGACGGUGGCAAAGGAAUCAUGUACAGGACUGCGACGAUUACUGGACGGGGUGAACAAUAGUUUAUUAGCCCUUAAGGCCUUAGGAGAACGGACAGAAUUCUGGGACACAAUAAUAAUUUACCUGGUAUCGACAAAAUUAGAUUCAGCGACGAAACGUGAAUGGGAACGACACCAGUCACGAAUUACAGGCGACGUAACGUUACGAGACAUGAACGGAUUUUUAGAGGAACAUUGUCGAUACCUAGAAAAGGUACAAUUCGAAAAACCGCAAGUUACCCUCAAACCGCAAUACCAGCCAGUUGCAGGUACGAACCGUCCCCGGGUAACUCAGGUAGUCGCACAUGCUACAACCUCUCAUUCGUGCUUACUUUGUAAGAAACAGCACGCAGUUGCCCAAUGUGCGGAAUUUAAAAGGCUUACGCCUUCAGCACGGAUUUCACGCGUACAGCAACUGCGUGCAUGUUUUAAUUGCUUAGCGAUAGGACACCGGAACAUGGACUGUACGCGUGAUCCGUGUAAACUGUGCGGGAAAAGGCAUCAUACGCUUCUGCACCUGGACCAGACUGCAAAACAGUCAAAUACAGUCAUUGAACAGCCCGAACAAACGAGCGCAAAUACUGCGCUGAAUUCUAUGUCUUGCGUUACACAAGCAGAAUCGGUGUCAGAAGCGGUGAUCCUUUCCACCGUUGUAGUUUACAUUAAGGAUCAUAAAGGACUAAAGCACGAAUGUAGAGCGUUGUUGGACUCGGGAUCGCAAUCGCAUUUUAUUACGGAAGCCAUGAUAACGAAAUUGGGUUUACCGUGUAAGGACUCGAACACCCGCGUCACGGGAAUAGGAGGCUCCAAUCAUGGAGUGCACCGCAAGGCAUGGAUAGAAAUCAAAUCCAUGUACAACGGAUUUAAAAGGUCCAUUUCGUGUCUGAUCCUACCGCGGAUCACGGGGCAUUUGCCAGGGACAGCCCUGGACAACGGACGUAUUCAGGUUCCGUCGAACUUUAAAUUAGCGGACCCACGGCUUAAUGAACCACGCGAGGUACAAAUGAUCAUUGGUGCUGGAUUAUUUUGGGACAUUCAGUGCAUCGGUAGGCAUUCACUAGGUCGAAAUCAACCUAUCCUGCAAAAAACCCAAUUAGGGUGGGUUUUAGCAGGCAGAAUUGGUUUUCCGGACACUGCAACCAAUUCUCAGGUCAAUUGCAACCUAGUAACAAACGAACAACUACAUGAAGAAUUACAAAGGUUUUGGGAAAUCGAGGACUCCGCAUCUGAGCCGUCCAGACAGAUUCCCAAGGACCUUUGCGAGCGGCAUUUUUUGGAAAACACCGAACGCGGCAAGGACGGACGCUUCGUUGUAGGAAUUCCAUUUAAGGACACGCUCAUCGAACUCGGAACAUCGUACGAACAAACGCACCGCAGACUUCUAUCCUUAGAACGCAGGCUCCGCAGACAACCAGAAUUAAAACAGCGUUACAUAAAAUUCAUGAAAGAGUACCAAGAAUUAGGACACAUGACUGAAAUCGCGAGAUUGGACAAGCAAGACUCAAUUCCAGGAUAUUUUCUACCGCACCACGCAGUUCUGAAGGAGACCAGCACAACUACGAAGCUGCGCGUUGUGUUUGAUGGCUCGUGUAAGAGCACAUCAAGAUUGUCAGUUAACGACGUGCAAAUAAUGGUUGGACCAACGGUUCAGGACGACCUAUUGUCGAUUUUGUUGCGCUUCCGGAAACACAAGUACGUGCUGUCGGCGGACAUUGAAAAAAUGUACCGACAGAUCCGCAUCAGGACGGAAGAUCGCCAAUACCAACGGAUUUUGUGGAGGACAAACGAAUCAGAAGAAAUAAGAGUCUUCGAACUUAACACGGUGACAUACGGCACCGCAUCAGCACCAUUUCUAGCCACACGAGCACUUCGUCAGUUAGGGGAAAUCCACCGAGAAGAAUUCCCUGCCGCCCGCUUAACGAUCAUAGAAGACUUCUAUGUGGAUGACCUCCUUACAGGAACGGACUCUUGGACAUGA